CUGCAAGGUCCUGCCAUGCCUCCACCUCCUGGCGAGGUCUCGAAUCUUGACAACCCGCCAAACAGCAACCACCUCGCCUUGGGAGUUCAGGUGGGAACUUUCGUAAUCACCACGAUAUUCUUCCUCCUCCGAAUGUACGGCCGUGUCGUGAUGCUGAAAAAGUUUCAAGCAGAAGAAAUGAUGGCUAUAUUGGCAUAUGGCAAUUACUUUGGGGCGAUCUUCUCAAGCUUCAAGAUGCUCAAGUAUCCAGGCUACAUGGUCCAUACGUGGAAUGUUCGUUUGAUCGACGUGGUUCCAACUACAUACGUCCAAACAACCCAGUGGGUCUUCGUCUACGGUGUCUUUUACUCCAUCGUACUACCGCUCCUGAAAGUUGCGAUUAUGAUUGAGUGGAUUCGGCUCUUUGUCCCUACUAACAAGGCAAAAAGCCCCUUUUUCUGGGGCGUCUGUGUGAUCUCGUUUAUACAAGUCACUUCUGGAAUCGCCAUUGCCAUUGCGCUGAAUCUGCAGUGCACUCCUCAUGAGCGUAUCUGGGACUUCAGAGUGGAGGGCAAAUGCUUCAACCUGUUCUAUCUGCAGGUCAUCUCGGCAAGCAUCCAGCUGGGGUCCGACCUUGCUAUGUUCUGUCUGCCUCAGCACACCAUCUGGACUCUGAAGAUGUCCUGGCAGAAGAGACUCGGUGUUGCAUCCAUCUUCAGCAUGGGUAUCCUCGCCAUUGUUGCCGCAGCGUUCCGACUCGACGUCACCAUUCAACACGGGGCAGAUCCAGACAGCAUCUAUUCCUUAGGUCCUAUAGUUUUUUGGGCCAGUGCUGAGCAGACGUGCGGUUUCUUCAUUCUCUGCGUCCCUUGCCUCCCCAAGAUCAUCCAGGAAGCCGGCAUCAUCCCGGCCCUCAAGAAGGGCACCGGCAUGAUGCACUCCGGCAGUAAUUCCAAGCACACCGGCAGCAGCUUCGCCCGCGGCGGCAACACCAAGACGUCUGUCUCGGCCAACAAGGACUACUACCAGCUCGAGGAGGAGGGCAUGAACAUGAAGAACCUGUCCGAGUCGACGGAGCAUCUUCACGCUGGAUCUCACGGACAGGCCAUUACUCGAACCACCCGCGUCACGAUAACGACGAACGACAACCGCUCCAUCAGCGAUACUGAU